AUGGCGGGCUCGUGUAGACCGUGCGGAGGCGUGUCCUGGUCCCCACGCCUUCGACUCCGGGGUUUGCCUUUCGCCGCCUCGGAAGCGGACAUCCGUGCUUUUCUGCAAGGCUUCGAGUUAGCUGGCGACAGCGAUGUCAGGGGCGAUGUAGAGAUUAUCAGGAGGUCGAGCGACAACUUGCCCACAGGCCAUGCCCUCGUCUAUUUCAAGGAUUGGGAGGCAACCGCUGGAUUGAAAUGUAUGUGGACUGGUCCCCGGAUUGGCACUCUGGAAUUUGAAGUGCUAGCGAACCUUGUCGUGGGUCAAAGCCAUCCGACGACGCGAGGGAGGAGCCGCUUUCACCUGCUUCCAGCCAGCACCUCCGAAGCGAGAAAUGCGAGCAAGGGUGCUUUUCAAGAUGUUUCGAGCAUGCAGAGCAAGCUAAAGCACUUCAGAAAGCAGCGGGCGGAGGUCGAGAUUGCGAAUCUCUGUUUGAAGACCGGCGAGUGGUUGGAUCACCUCGUGCUGUGCAAAGCACUGCAGUACUGGCAGCUGGCCGUCCUUACUCAGAUCACCUGGCAUCGGCAUUCAGAACUUGAGGUGGCGGAGCGCCGAGUGGUCCGUCAUGCUAGGAGCCUUCGAAAGGUUGCCCAGGUUCAGUCCAGGUCGGAUGAUUUCCGGCAUACUGUCUCCUGUUCCCGGGUUUGUUUCGGGGCCUGGGCUCGAACUGCAGCGCUACUCACAGCGCAGAAGGUGAUCGAGACGGCUCGGAAGCAAGUCGAGCGCCAGCAGUCGACAUCCAUGGACAUGCUGUCCAGGGAGAAGGCGAGGCUGGCCGACACCGUGUUUUUGUCGAUGACUGCAACUUUCGGUGCUCGAGACGCUUCAGACAGUUCGUCUUCUGGACGCUUUCUCGUAAAACGUUGUUUUCCGUGGUGGAGACGCCAGGCUGCCUACAUGGCUGCGAAACAGCGCAUCCUGCGAAGAGAGGCAUCGAACCUGAAGCUUCAGGAGGACAUGCGUCGCUGUGGUCAGGCACAUCAACGCCGCUGGGCAUCCUGGGCUGCCAGCUCGAAGCUGCGGCGGCAACACUGGCAACACGUCCGUGAGGCCUUCGAGGCUUGGAGUGGUUUGGCGACUGCCAAGCCAUCAGAGGACCCCAUCGAUGUCCACGGCAGGACACUCUUCUCGGCAGAGCUGGCUCUGUCGAGGCAACCCUUCACUGGGCGAGUAGUCCUUGCGGCUUGGCGGCGAAUCAGCCAGGAGGAGAAGGCAAUGAGCCUCGAGAAGCAGACGCGAGAACUGGAGGCGCAGCUUGCACGGGCAGCGUGCGAAAAAGCUUUGUCAGUGAAGCAGCUGGAGCAGCGUCUGGCGUUCCAAGACGAUGAGGGCGGCCAGGUGUCCUUCGAGUUCCAGGCAUUGCAAACUCAGAAAUUUGAAGAGCGUCUGCGUGCAGCCCUCGGCACGACCAGUGAAAUGUGUGGUGAUGCGACCGCGCCGGCUACACCAACAAGGCCGCGGCCCUCGGCAGCAUCCUUGGACUACUUUGACAUGAUAGCGCCCGACCUCGAGUUCCACAUGAGUGUCGCACCAGCGCCGCAGCGGCCCAUGCCGCCAGUCCCCUCAACGCCGCUGAGCAGUUCGGACGAGGACGGAGAGGCGUGCCUAUUCGACGUGGGCACGGACAGCGAGGACGCGGACCGGACCGAUGACGCACCGCAGGACGACGGGAACAACGACGAUGACGAUGGCCAGGGCCCGCCUUGA